AUGUCUGAUCAAAUUCCCUCUGCAACUGCUCACCCAGACACCGUUGAAAAGCCUCUACCCUCAAACGCUGAAGAUCGCAAAGCCGCCGCCGCUCUCUCCUCCCUCAACACGAAUGAGAUCACAACGGAGGGUGUCUCCGCCGGAACACCGCUUACUGCAGACCAAGAGGCUCUGGGACGGGCCAUGAGUCGGCUUGAGAUAGCUGCUGGACAGGGCUCGGGCAACAAGAAGACGGUCGAGGGACCCAAGACUGAUGGGGUGGUAAAAAAGAAGACAGUUAAAAUUGCUCCAGCUGAUGUUACACUGCUAGUUGACCAGCUGGAUUUAAAUAAGAUCAAGGCCACGGAGUUGCUGAAGGCUCAUGAUGGGGAUGCCACCGGGGCAAUGAAGGCAUUCAUUGCCCCAUCUAUUCAUGUGUGA